AUGACAUCAUCCACUAACAACAACAUCGUUCGUGAUGUGCUGAUGAUGGCCGUAGUAUUCCUUGUGAUGAUGAGCCUCAUUGGAUCUUCUAAUGCGACCAUCAUUCAUUUACCGAGAGAUACUCGUUUUUGUUUACAUGAACACUUGAGUGAGAAUACUCCUUUCAAAGUUUCAGUAACUCCUGGUUUUACCAUUACUGAUUCUAUUCAUUUCACGGUUACGGAUCCAUUCGGCCAGACUCUGAAGGAUGAACGUUUGGACUCGUUGCGACAAAACACGUAUCACUUGAAGGCUAGAUCCGAUGUUACUGGAGAUUACGAAUUAUGUUUCACUUAUAACUCACGAUUUGUUGAGUUUACUUUCGCUGAUGUGAAAGUUGAAGUUGACGUUCACCAUCAUACUUUGGGAGAACAUGAAAGUGUGGAGAAAAUUGAAAGACUCAGCAACUUGUUGCAAGAUAUCAAGCAACAAAUUCAACUUGUGUCUGAUGAGCAGACUUAUUUCCGUGUGAGGGAAACUCGUUUCCGUGACACCACUGACAGCACGUAUGAAAGGACCUUUUGGCUCGGAUUUUUGAAGUUUAUUCUUUUAGUUACCGUGACUGUUUGGCAGUUAUAUAAUCUGCGAGGCUUCUUCAAAACAAAGAAACUCAUUUAA